AUGUCAACUACCAAACUCAAAAGUGUGAAGCUUAGGUCGAAUAGCUCUUUAGUUGUUAAGAGUGAAUUUCAAGGACUUGAGGAUGGAGAUGUCAUAGUUAGCUCGGUUGAUUCUCUCCACGAGACUGAAGAGGCUAUGGAUACUUGGGUUUGUGCUUCAAUCGACUCUAUUAUUGAUAAUUGGUGGUACCUUGCGUGCAAAAGAUGCAAUAGCAAGAUGAAUUGUGAAGAUGGUGACAUGUAUUGCACCAAGUGCACCAACACACGUGGCACUGCACGGUACAAGAUUCAAUUUGGAGUCCAUGAUUGCACUGCAAGUGGUGUUUUCCUAUGUUGGGAUAGAGAGUGUGAAAUGAUGAUUGGAAAGUCUUGUGAGAUACUAAAACGUGAAGUUUCUUUGUUGAAGAAUAAAGUUGCCUUUGACCUUCCGAAUGAUCUUGAGGACUUGGUUGGGAGAACCUUUCUUUUCAAUGUUCGAAUCAAGCCCAAUGAUACGUUUUCAACUGCCUUCUCCGUGUUAAGGGUUAUUGUUGAUUCAAAUUUUGUUUCCAAGUACAACCAUUGGGUUGUAGAGAAUGAUGAGUCCGAUUUUUUGACCCUUUUACAAAGGGAGGAAGCUACUAAGGACGACGAUGAAGAGGAAGUUAUUUCACCGCUGAAGGUGGUUCGUGAUGUUGAGCAAGUUAGUGAUACGUCCAAUGCAAAACGCAAUUUGAUGGACGGGUUUGCUAUUGACCGCGAGGGUGGACAAGCUAAAUCCGUUACGAGCAAGAAGGGCAAGGCGAAGGUUGAUGAGGAAGGAAACUUACUCCCUACUGAAGGAUGA